CAGACGAUAUUUACAGAGAUCGUAAGCAAAAGGAUAGUGGGCAAGAUGGUGGCGGACGAGAAAUUGUUUUUCUCGAAAGCUGUUCAACAUUUGGCUCGAUGUUUAGCCGCAAUCAAACCUACACCAUGGGAAAAGGUAAUGCAAUUGUACAAAUUAUGCCCACAAGAAACUGCUCAAGGUAUAUAUCGGUUGGAUCAGAGGGGUCAAGAUGCAACUAUUGCAUUAGGAAUAUAUUUUUUGGAAUCUGGUCUGCAACACCGGGACCGCAUACUUAGUUAUCUCUUACGGUUACUGCGAGGUCUUCCCAAAGCUGUUUGGUUGGAUGAGAUUAGAUGCUCUUCUACCGACCGUGUCCCAGUCGCAGAACGUUUUAGUUUUUGUUUGAACACAUUGUUCAGUGAUAUUGCAGCAAGAUGCGAGCCCGCGCGGGAGGAGAUUAUUGCUACUCAAGUAGAAAUAUUAGCAGUUUUAACAAAUUUAAUCAGGGGAUACAGAGAUCAAAAUGGGAGCAGAGGAAUGCAAGCAAAGCUGUCAUUGUGUAAAAGUAUAGUUCCAGUAUUAAUUGGUUUAGCACGUUCUAUGGGUCGCUUUGCCUGUACAGAACCACCGCUUCUUUGUCGUAUUUUCCCGAGGCCAGAGGCACCGCUUACAGCAUCAAGCUCAGAAACACGUCUAACAUCGGAUAAGAAACAACAUUGUUUCUCUAAUUUCCGGCCAAUUAUUCCACGAUCCUUAAGUGGUAAUCUAAAUCCUCAUCCAGCUAUAGACAACACACCAAAUCUGUUAACCGCUGAUCAUGAAUUACCCUAUGCUAAACGACCUUCAUUGCAAUCAUACUCUUCAGUACCUUAUGAUCCAGCUGUGUACUUCUUUAGUCGAUACGGAUCAAGUUUUAACCAGUUUCCUCAGAUGCGAUGUAAUGAAAGUCCCGAGAGGAGGGCUGGGAUGCAAUUUAGUGUGGUGCAUCUUCAAAGUGUCCUAGCUCUAGCAAAGAAACUGCUUACUAAAGAAAUUUUAACAUUUCUGGAUGAAGAAGCUCAACAAAUAUAUAAUUCUGGUCAAGUGCAAAUAUUCCCCUAUCGCACGUUCAAUGAAACAAUGAAUCUAGUGAUGGUUGCACUUCUACGAGAAUUGUUGCAAAAUCAACGUGAUUUACCUACUCCUUUUACGAAGGAUGUACAGGAGUUCGUGAAAGGUCUUUUCUUAUCGGGUCAAACGGAAUUGCAAUCACGUCAGCAUGACGCAAGCGAAAGGGAAGAUAUGGACACGAAUUUUCGUACUGUAAAUAGGUUUAAAGUAAACGUGAUGGCUAACUCUGCUUGCGUCGAUCUCCUAGUAUGGGCAAUCGGCGAUGAAACUGGUGCUGAUAGUUUAUGUGGUCGUCUAGUUGAAAAAAUCAAUUCCAAUCAUGGACCAAAACUGGUGCUAGCUCACAUGCCUUUAUUAAUGGUAUGCCUUGAAGGAUUGGGAAAAUUAGCGCAGAAGUUUCCUAAUAUAGCCAGUACUUCUAUUUAUUAUCUACGGGAUUUUUUGGUGGUGCCAUCGCCAAUUCUUCUCAAACUCCAUCGACAGCAUAAUGGAAAAGGAAAAGAUAUGCAUGAUCCGAAGCAGACAACAUCGUCUAUACAAACGGCUUUUGAAAAGUUACGUGAUGCAGCUAUUGGCAAUCUCUGUAUUGCUUUGGAGGCUGCACAUUCUGUAAAUCCAGAUUGUGUACCGGCUUUAGUUGCCAGUGUCUCGAACAGACUAUUCGCUGCUGAUAAAUGUGAUGGCGAUUCUGACGAGAGAUCAAAUAGUGAGUUAAUUUCCAAAAACAUAGUAAUCAUGUUGGGACAUGUUGCCGUUGCGUUGAAAGACACACCAAAGACUAUGCGCACGAUAUUCCCAUUUUUUCAGCAAUUAUUUUGCCGUACGCCGAGCGAUCUUGAUUUUCUAAUCGUCGAUCAGUUAGGAUGCAUGAUAAUCGCAAAAUGCGAGUCAAAGAUUUACGAAGGGAUAAUGCAAAUGUUCUCUAUGUCGCUAGGCUCAAGUACUGCUACGUACGCCGCAAACGACGAUCGUAAACAGUAUUGUCACGUAGCUAAAGCAGUUACGAACGCUCUUGCAAAUAUAGCAGCUAAUUUGCAAGGUGAAACAGACUUGGACGAUUUGUUGCUUCAUUUGCUUGAGGUUUUCGUUCAGCUAGGAUUGGAGGGUAAACGUGCCAGUGACAAAGUAUCGAGCAAUGUUACUGCCACGAAAGCAGCAAGAUGUGCAGGAAAUUUGGGUGUACUUAUCCCAGUAAUUGCUAUAUUGGUACGUCGGUUACCGCCAAUCCGACAUCCCCAGAAGAGGCUUCUAAAACUCUUCAAAGAUUUCUGGCUUUAUUGCGUUGUAAUGGGAUUUGCUGGCGAUCAAGCAUCGAGAUUAUGGCCUGCCGAGUGGUAUGAAGGAGUCAAGGAAAUUGCUGUAAAAUCACCUUAUCUCAUUUCACAGACCAGUGCUCGCCUUGAAAUGAGAGAAUUGCAAUAUACUUCAGUUGUUCGUAACGACAGCGUUUCAUUAAAUGAAUUACAAGAAUUGCGAAGCCAAAUACUAAAACUGACUACUAGAACCAAUGACAUAUCCCAAUAUGUAACAAAAUUACAAUUUGCUCAGUGCACGUAUUUGUUAUCUGUUUACUGGUUGGAGACAUUAAGGGUGGCAAACAACCCUGAUCCGAGUUUGCAGCCAAUCAUGGAAUAUUUGUGCGAUACCGAUUUACAAAAAGAAAAGAGUGGCAUGUGGCAGUGCAUAUGCUGCGUUGCUGAUUCCGUUUUUGUGAAAUUUAAAGAUGUAAUGCAGCGAAAACCGAAAGAUGAGAGACGGGAGAGGGAACUCGAAAACCAUGCUCAAUUUCUUCUGGUGCAUUUUAACCAUGUACAUAAGCAGAUUAGACGAAUAGCUGAUAAAUAUCUCAGUGCUUUAGUAGAUGCGUUCCCGCAUCUUCUAUGGAAUUGCAAGGUGCUUUGGAGUAUGUUAGAUAUAUUACAGAUUUUAUCAUUUUCUUUACAAAUUGACCCGAAUGAAGAGACACCAAUUUUAAGGAUACCCGGUACACCGUACAGUAUUCAACUUAUGGAUACGCUCGAUGCAAGAGAGAUUAUUGUGAAAGAUUUUACCGCAAGAUGUAAGGGUAUAGUACAAGAAGCUAUGAAGUGGGCACCCCAAGCCACCAGAUCGCAUUUACAAGAAUAUGUCAACCAAAUACCAUCCUCGGGAAUGAAACACCAUUCUGGCCUAUGUUUAUCCACAGAUUCGGUCCUUGAAUUUGUGGAUCUCGCAGUACCUCAAUCAAAUCUGCCGAAUACUAAUUCAUUGGACAAACGACCCCGUGGUCCAAAAGGAGCUAGCGCAUGGCUUUUGUCAAUGAUGUCUACGCGGUCACGAUAUGCUGGAGAAAUAGCGGGAAUGCUCUCUUUAGCGGAAACAGAAUUCUCAACUACAGAAAUAUCUUUCGAAGAGAGUAGAAACAAAGUGAUCGAUCUGUUGAUCGAUGCCGUUUGGAUGGCCUGUCGUUCUCGUAACGAUGUCAAGCAUCGCAGUGCACUUUGGCGUGCUACUGCGUUAUUAAUCUCAAUGCCGGGAAUACACAGACGUUUGUUGCAUACAGUAGCUUCGUCGCAGAUAGAAUUAUUUACCUCCGCGGUCAUGGUCACAGCUGUCGAAUGUUGGCAAUGGAUUCUUACUAUUCGUCCGGAUUUGAAGUUGCGCUUUUUGCAAGAAAUGCUUGUCGCAUGGCAAUACACUGUCGACAAGAGAAUGGGCCUAUUUGCACCGGAUGAAGAAGAAGUCAGUCCACUGGCGGUAUACGAAGGCUGCAAACUAGGCCCAAAUCCUCCGCAAAUAAAGCCCCACGAAAUUUGGGUUACUUUUAUUGUGGAACUAAUUGAAACUGCUAAGUAUUGUUGUCAAGAAACCGUCGACAUGAUCGUUACACUGCUACACCGGUCGCUGCCAAUGACCGUAGGUGCUUCUGGCGAAGAACCUGGAAUGAGUCGUCAUGUUGCCGCGGUUGGUGUGCGCUUUAAGUUACUCUCUUGUGGACUGCUUCUCCUCCAAGGAGAUAUUUUGCCAAGGACUUUAAGUAAAAAUGUAUUACGUGAACGCGUCUACUGUAAUUGUUUGGACUAUUUCUGUCGGGAACGUCAAGUGCCCACUCAAGAACUCGAACAGCUAAGAGAAGACUUGGUGACGCUUAUACGCUUUUGGCAGGUCAUGCACAGUGACAAAAAGUAUUUGGUAAUGACUGGAAAUGAGGGCGAAUUUGAGAUGUUAACGCCUCAGUAUACAACUGGCAGUUUUGUGCAUAGCGAGACAAUGGUCUCUUUGAAUACAGGUUUAGGUUCAACGGGUAGCGAAUAUUCGAAACCGUCGUCAAGCGUAUGGAUUAAUACGGUACCAAUGUCAACCAGUACCAAUACUCUCGGUAAACGCAGUAACCGUAGUAAGCGUGUUAUGAAUGCCAAUGUUUUUGUAAAAGAUUACAUUAAGAAAAGGAACCUGAUUUUGGAAUUGCUAGCAGUCGAAAUAGAAAUGCUACUGGUUUGGAGAAAUCCUAGCGGAAGGCAGGAUCUUGCACUUCCAGGUGAAUCAAGUAUCGCAGAAUGGCGUGCUAAGGGAAUGAACGAUAAAUGGCGCGAGUAUACGCGUCUUGCAUGGGAAAUCAGUCCUGUUCUUGCAGUAUUUUUACCAGUCCGACUAAAAAAUUCGGAAAUCAUUAUUAAAGAAGUGUGCGGGUUGGUUCGUUUGAAACCAGUGCCAGUCAUGCAUAUCCCAGAAGCUCUGCAGUAUCUCGUCACCACAGAUACAUUACUCAAUGACGUACCCGAAUUGGUAUACAUGUUGACGUGGGAAAGAGUGUCGCCUAUUCAAGCACUGGCAUACUUCUCUCGCCAAUUCCCUCAUCAUCCGAUCUCGGCACAGUAUGCAGUAGAGGUGUUAAGCAGUUAUCCCGCUGAUGCUGUACUUUUCUACAUACCUCAACUUGUGCAAGCAGUGCGCCACGAUAGCAUGGGCUAUGUAAUAGAAUUUAUUAAAAAGAUUUCUAAACGUUCACAGGUAGUGGCGCACCAGUUAAUUUGGAACAUGCAUACAAAUAUGUAUAUCGACGAGGAUAAACAAAUUAAAGACCCAGUCCUCUUUGACGUGCUAGACUCUUUGGUGAAGAGUAUUUUGAGUUCGCUGUCGGGACAAGCGAAACAGUUUUAUGAAAGAGAAUUCGAUUUCUUUGAAAAGAUUACAAAUAUAUCUGGCGACAUAAGGCCGUACCCGAAGGGUCCUGAACGAAAGGCGGCCUGCUUAAAAGCUUUGUCCAAAAUCAAGGUACAACCUGGUUGCUAUUUACCUUCGAAUCCCGAAGCCAUGGUUCUCGACAUCGAUUAUGAAAGUGGAACUCCUAUGCAGAGUGCCGCAAAAGCACCAUUUUUGGCGCGUUUCAAAGUACAAAAGUAUGGAAUCAAUGAGUUAGAAAACAUAGCGUUAGGAGUCUCGAACGGGAAAGCAGACAUAAAGAAAGAACCAGAAAAAGAGGCAUGGCAAGCGGCCAUCUUCAAAGUUGGUGACGAUGUUAGACAGGAUAUGUUAGCCUUACAAGUGAUCAGUAUUUUCAAGAAUAUAUUCCAGAAAGUUGGACUGAAUCUAUUUUUGUUCCCGUAUAGAGUAGUGGCAACAGCGCCUGGGUGUGGUGUCAUAGAAUGUGUACCAAAUGCGACGUCACGCGAUCAAUUAGGUCGUACUACAGAUAUCGAUAUGUAUCAAUAUUUUAUUAAACGUUAUGGAGAUGAAACGAAAAAAGAAUUUCAAAAUGUGCGUCGCAACUUUGUUAAAUCUAUGGCUGCUUAUAGCGUCAUUACGUAUCUCUUGCAAAUCAAGGAUCGCCACAAUGGCAACAUUAUGCUGGACACGGAAGGUCAUAUUAUACAUAUCGAUUUUGGAUUCAUGUUUGAAAGUUCACCAGGUGGUAAUCUGGGCUUCGAGCCUGAUAUUAAGUUGACCGAUGAAAUGGUGCUUGUUAUGGGAGGAAAAAUGGAGGCCGCGCCCUUCCGGUGGUUUAUGGAGCUGUGCGUACAGGCUUUCCUAGCAGUGAGGCCGUACCAAGAUGCAAUCAUUUCUUUAGUUUCUCUUAUGCUUGACACGGGUCUGCCCUGUUUCCGUGGACAAACGAUAAAAUUAUUGCGUAGCAGAUUCGUGCCUACGGCCAUUGAUCGCGAAGCUGCGGCCUUUAUGCUCAAUGUAAUACGUAGCAGCUACCUCAAUUUCCGUACAAAAACUUACGACAUGAUACAGUAUUAUCAGAAUCAAAUUCCUUAUUAAAUUAUAUGUUGUUCGACAGAUUUCCGUUGUCGAUUGUUCGUCCACAACGGAGAAAUUCAUUGUUUCUGCAAAGAAUUGUUAAACGAGUACACCGUGUAUUAUAUUGUUAGAUAUAGCAGUACUUAAUCUGCUAUUUGUACAAACCUCUCAGUGUCAAUGUUACAACCUAAACUCACCGAAAUUUUAUGGAAGCAUUGUGCUCUCUGUAUGUAUGUAAUAAUGUAUUAUAAACCCAACAAAUUAUUGUAUACGCCUGCCGAUCGCAGGAGAUGUGUAUAUGAAAACAUUCCUCUGUUUAUUAUUUAUGCACUGUUAUUGAUUAAACAUUAAACGGGAGAAUUACUUUAAAACGAAA